AUGUGUCUAUUAGAACUCUUGUUAGUGGAGGCAGCCCUUGUAAUGUACUCGUGCAAUGCUAGUAGUUUACACAAUAGCUCCGUAUUCCUACAGACUCCGACCGUGGUUCUGCAACAGGUGGAUUUCAAGGCAUCGAUUGAGCUGCUGGAGCUCAAGAAUGGAUCAGUAUAUCCAAAACAGUUAUGGUACUGCAUAGAGGAUGAGGAUGGUACAGUACUGACCAACGGCACCAUCCAAACGCUCGAGGGCGAUGGCAACUACCAGUCGCGUUUAUCAAUCAAUAUUAAGCAUUUACAGCUGAAGUCUUACGGAAAACACAAGCUUACCACGACGGUGUGGGAGAAAGAGAAACACAAAGUCGAGGCCGAGCCGAUGGUCACGAAGGCCCCUCAGUCGAAGGAUACGGACGCAAACGUGGUCCUGCCUUUAACGGUCGACAUGCUGCUGUUCCGGGUGGUGCACACUACUUCUGUGACAGUGUCACCUGGAUGGGUGUCAUUGCUUCCACCUCUCGUGACUUUGAUCAUGUCGGCUGUGCUGGGCCAAGUCGCAGUAUCGCUCCUUGCUGGGAUCUGGUGUGGAGCUAUCAUCGUUUCGGAUGGAAACCCGUUCACAUCUUUCCUUCGUACAUUUGACCAGUAUUGGACGAAUGCAUUCACCGUGAAUGAUCAUGCUGGUGUGUUGCUGUUCACGAUCAUACUCGGCGGAACUAUUGGCGUGGUCCAAAAAGGCGGAGGUGGGCACGGUCUGGCGCUGAUUGCCAAGAAGUUUAUGACGUCGUCUCUACGCAUGCAACUGUCAACGUGGCUUCUGUGUCUUGUGAUCUUCUUUGACGACUACUCGUGCAUUCUGAUCGUUGGAAGCUCCCUGCGUCAAGUUCUCAGCCAGACGGGUGUUAGCCGUGAGAAGUUUGCAGCAAUCAUUCAUACUGUCGGCGUCUGUUUGCCAUCUAUGUCUCCGGUGAGCGCAUGGAUUGGUGUCGAAAUUGGGUAUGUGGCGGCACAGCUCCGCAAUCUUAAGCUCGACUGGAACCCGUUCGUCACGUGCCUUUCGUGUUUGCAUUACCGAUUUUUUCCGAUUCUAUUCAUCGCUUUCAUUUUCAUCACCAUCAUCUGUGAGAAAGACUUUGGCCCGAUGGUACAGUUUGAGAAGGAUGCUGCAGCAUCCCCGAUUAAUCAUGGCUCGGCAACUCCAGUUUUUCCAGGACCGAUGGACAGUCCAAAGCCAGAACUUGCCCCAUUGGAACCUGAUACAACCAAACCGCUUCGAUGGCAAAAUGCGGUGGUACCAUUUUUGAGCAUCGUCGCGUUAGCAUUCGUGGGAAUGAUUUUCGAUGGCUACAACGUCCUGUAUAUGCAGGACCCCAACAGAUCCUUUGGCAUUCUCGAUGCGCUAAGCCACUGUAAUUCAGUGGCCUCUUUGCUCCGCGCGUCUGCUGCAGGCUGGGUCAUUGCCGUUGCGCUAUUGCUAAUGCAGCGUAUUAUCACGCUAAAUGAAGCAACGAAGGCUUGGAUGGAAGGAGUCAAGGACAUACUGGACCCUACGCUGAUUCUCACACUUGCGUGGGCUCUUGGCGCGGUCAUCGGCGAAGUGAGCACUGCCCCGUACAUCGCUUCAGUGGUCGGAGAUUCAGUUCCAAAGCAAUUGCUGCCAGCAAUCGCGUGCCUACUGUGCUACGUCGUGUCCUUUGCCGUGGGCAGUGCGUUCGGCACGAUGGCAAUAAUGUUCCCCAUCAUUGCGCCACUUUCGUGGUCUAUCAGCGGUGGAGACACUGAGAAUCUGCGUCAAUGCUUCGGCAGUAUCCUGGGCGGCUCCGUAUUCGGGAACACUUGUUCGCCUAUUGCCGAUACGUCCAUCCUAGCGUCUCUCUCAGCGCACGUGCCGUUGGAGAGCCAUAUUCGCAGUAUCCUGCCAUACGCUCUAUUGGUUGCAGUCGUGUCCGUUGCUGGUGGCUAUCUCCCAAUCGGACUGAAAGUCUGCAGUACAUUCACGGCGUUCGGCAUUUGUCUCGCGGUGCUCUUGCUCGUCGUGUUUUUCUUCGGGACCCGGGUCAACACACGUUACCAUUCGCUAUCAUCGUGCAGUCCUAUGAGCAUGUCACCGCCAUCGAGAUACAAUGGAGAAGGCCAGCCGUUACUAUUGGCGUAA